AUGGCAGACAACCUCCCAACCCGCAAACUUCACCUAACAGCCUUCAUGCGUCCAGUCUCCUUACAUACAGGAGCAUGGCGCUACCCAGGCUCCUACCCCGACGCAAACUUCAAUUUCAAACACUUAACAAGCUUCAUUCAAAAGCUUGAAGCAGCCAAAUUCGACGCCUUCUUCAUGGCAGACCACCUCGCAGUUUUGAACAUGCCCAUCGAGGCCCUCAAGCGCAGCCAUACAGUAACAUCUUUCGAGCCCUUCACCCUUCUUUCCGCUCUAUCAGCUGUAACGGAGAAAAUUGGUCUCGCAGCCACAGCAAGCACAACAUAUGAUCAACCUUACCACGUUGCACGCCGCUUCGCAAGUCUAGAUCACCUAAGCAGUGGCCGUGCAGCGUGGAACAUAGUCACGACUGGCAACCCGGAAUCGAGCCACAACUUCGGUUUUGAUGAGCAUAUGGCUCAUGGGGACCGAUAUAAGCGUGCGCGGGAAUUCUACGAUGUUGCUACGGGCUUGUGGGAUAGUUUUGCGGAUGAUGCGUUUACGAGGGAUGUGGAGACUGGUCAGUAUUUUGAUCCCGAGAGGAUGCAUGUUUUGAAUCAUGUUGGGGAUGAGUUGAAGGUCAAAGGGCCCUUGAAUAUCGCUAGGCCUGUUCAGGGGUGGCCUGUUAUUGUGCAGGCUGGGCAAAGUGAGCCUGGACGACAGCUUGCGGCUGAGACGGCUGAAGUGGUUUUUUGCAGUCCGAGAGAUAUUAACGCUGCGAAGAUGCUUUAUGCUGAUAUUAAAGAGCGGGUGGUGAAGGCCGGACGGGAGAGAAAGCAGCUGAAGAUUUUACCGGCAGCAAUGAUUAUUGUCGGGGAAAGUAAAGAAGAUGCGCAGAGGAAGAGGUUGGAUUUGGAUGCUUUGGUACAUUAUGAGAGCGGUAUCGCUUCUCUGUCGAUUUUGCUUGGAGUUGAUGCUAGUGUGCUUGAUCCAGAUGCUCCUUUGCCGGAGAACUUACCGGAGACGAAUGCGAGCAAGACGAGCAGGGAGGGUGUGGAGCGACUUGCCAGAGAGGAGGGAUUGAAUGUCAGGCAGCUUGCGCAACGGUCUGGAGGAUACUCUGGCUUAGCGUUCCUUGGCUCGCCAAGUGAUAUCGCGGAGGAAAUGGAGACUUGGUUGAAAGAGGAGGCUUCAGAUGGUUUCACAUGUGUAUUUCCAUUCUUGCCUCAGGGACUGGAGGAGGUGACGGAUAGGUUAAUUCCGGAGCUGCAGCGAAGAGGGCUGUUCCGGGAUGAUUAUACGGGCUCUACGCUACGUGAACACUUUGGCCUCGACAGGCCGGAGAACCAGUUUUUCCCUUAUGUUUGA